CGCGCAUGCGCAGAUCUUUCCGUCUUUUGUUGGAAGGGAAUGACUGGCGUUUUCAAUGCUCUCUGCUACAGCAUCGCAACAUUUAUAGGCGAAUCCUCUUAAUACAACACAGUGUGUGGAUACAACUCGGGAAGAGGAUUUGGCGAUUGAAGACGGUGUCCUGAAGCGGUCGAUUGUGUGAUCAGAGCGUCUGGAAUCCUCUUCGAUUAACCCAUCAUGGCUGAUCUUGAUACCGAUUUCACCAGUGGCGACGCUGGGGCUUCUCUAACAUUCCCCAUGCAGUGCAGUGCUUUGCGUAAGAACGGCUUUGUGGUGCUAAAGGGACGUCCUUGCAAGAUUGUGGAGAUGUCUACUUCCAAGACUGGCAAGCAUGGACACGCCAAGGUGCACAUGGUUGGAAUAGACAUAUUUACUGGAAAGAAAAAUGAAGAUAUCUGUCCCUCUACCCACAACAUGGAUGUUCCUAAUAUCAAGAGACUGGACUAUCAACUGGUUGGCAUCACCGAUGGCUACCUUUCCCUGCUGAAGGAUAAUGGAGAUUUGCGUGAGGACCUCAAGCUGCCCGAGGGGGAUCUGGGCAAAGAAAUAGAGAGCAAAUUUGAAUCUGGGGAUGAAUUUCUGGUCUCUGUGUUGGCUGCCAUGGGGGAUGAAUGUCCCAUUGCCAUCAAGCCCAUGAGCUCAUAAUGAACAGAAGCUGACGGGCUGGUUGAGUGAGGGCCUCUGUACCACGCAUAUUACAUUUUAGUUCUUAAAGUCACCAAAGCCACAGCCUUCGCAAACCACCUAGAAUCAUUUCUGUUAAACAGUAAAGAUGCUGGACCUUUUCACCCAUGUCUCAUGAGGUGUUGUCUAAUCAGGAUAUUUCAUAUCACAAAGGGUUUCCUGCAAGCUUGUUCUUUAUUAUUACCCCCUCAGUCAUUCCUCCUUCAUUAUACAGAUGCACUUUUAUCAUUCAUUAAAAAUGGGAAUAGUUUUAUUAAAGCUGCUCUUAAUGCAGAAACCUUUUUAUUCAUGCCGACAGGCCUUAAACUGUUGCAAAUCAGGCAGCAGCCAUUGAAGAUUACCUCUAUGAAUCUCACUGACUAGUUUGCCGGCAUUUGGUACAUCUACAUUCGUGCCAAAGCCUGUGUGUCUCAGGUAGGCUAGGAUUUGUCUGAAUGUCACUCUAACAGCUUGGCACUUGUUGGGGUGGCCGGCAACUAGCAAUCCUAAGGCAGAAAACAUACUAAAAAAAAUUACUGACAUAUAAUCCUGGCCAAAUGACCAAAUAUAAUGUAGUUAAUCUGAAUCGCAAUUUUUUUUUUUUUUCUUUAGUAAAUCUAGUUGUACUCCACCUGGUCCCGAACUUUUCUUUAGUUUAAGUUUACGGCGUUUGGCCCUCUAUACUGAACACUUAUUUUGGUAGCAAAGCAAUAACCCAAUACCUUUGUUACAUCUUUUUAGUAGUGAGGGAAGAUGUUUAGAAGGGCCUUUGAGCUUUGCACUGGCUAACCUGCUGUGAUGCAGCAGUAAUGAACGCCCUCUGUAACAAACUCUGUUUACAGUAGCUUUGCUAUACAACAAAUUUCUAUGCUGCAUAAAUUAGCUUAUUUUUUGUACUUACAGACAGGCACAGUGUGUGCACUAAAGGGCUUCAAUAUCAACACUUUCAGUUCACACUCUAUAGCAUCUUACAUGCACCUGGCUUGUUUACUGGUAUAAAGGCUUUAUUCGCCCCACCCCUCCUCCACUUUAAGGGCACACUUUGCAUUUGACUCAUAAAGAUAGUAUUUUGUAGUAGAAAACUUAUUUUAUUUACUCUGAAAUUCCUUUUUGAUGUAGAAAUAAGAUGCGUUGCUAUUGUAUCUGCAUUUGGGUUCCUUUUGGUGUUAGGUUUGAAUCUGAAUUUUUUUUUAUUAAUUUGUUUUUUUUUUUACUCUAGAAUGGACCAGCAAAUGAGAACUUUUGGUUGGGCAGAAUGUUUUUCUUAAGAGGUAUUAAGCUUUGUUUGGUGUUCUGUUUCAACUAGUUUUUGUUAUUGUUAAUUAGCUCUCGUAUAAAAAGUAGCCUGAGAGCUCAAGUAAGUGGAAAGUAUUGUAUGGCUGUACAGUAUUGAAAAGAUUUCACGUUGGCAUAUAAAUCUCAGCGAGUCUCUCAGGUUUCCAGUAUUCAUUUAUUUUGCUGUUUCUAGUAUUGGUCCUAAGUAUCCCUGUAAAAUACCUCUCUCUAUCUGCAAAUCAUUAGUGUUCAUGCUUGCGAGUGAAUUACAUGCUUUUUUUAUAUAUUUUUUUUUGGUUAUUUUCUUUAAUUCAGCAGCUUGACUGAGUUACAUACAGGAAUGUGGGUCAUUACCAGUGCAGACUGUAAGGAGAUGCUUAAUCAGACAAGCAGUAGAAAUAGUGUUCAGUGUUUUUCAUAUGGCUAGUUGAAUGAUAAUUGUAAGAAACCACAAAUUGGGAUAUGAGGGGAGCAAUUAUAAUAAACUCAACUGAAAACCAUAUAAGCUUGUGUUUUUAUUUUCUUUUUUUAAAUUUCAGUUUGCAACAAGCCUGGCAAGACAUUUGCAUGAGAUAUUUUAGUUCGGUUACAAAAA